UCCGUCCAGUUGAGUCGAUUUGGCUCUGUAGCUUUGGAGUUGUGGGAACCCUUUCACGCUCCAGCUAUUGCCAUAAAUCAUAAUCACUUUCUAUCUGUGUUUUUAUUCGUAACGGUUGAACAUUCUUCUCUGCAUACAUCUAUCAUCACAUAAUUUCAAACUCUGUUAAAACGAUAAGGGAUCGGGUACAAAAUGGCUCAACUAGUUUUGAUAAUGUUUGUCUUAAGCCAGGCUACAGCACUCUGCAUUAACGUUACAGCCGCCAGUGUUGAAACCAAAGCGAAUGAUGCUGAUCGUUUGCAAGAGCUUCAUGAAAUUCAGGAAGAUCUGAAGAUGAAAUUGAAACAAUUCGAGACAAUGAUGGAAUCUGAGGUUGGAAAACUAAAGGAGAAAGUUGAACUUUUGGAGACCAAAGUUCAGGAGCAGGAUGAUCUUCUAAAAAAGUGUCAAGCUGGAACUUCUGAUGCCAUUGGAUCUUUAAGAAAUGUCGAAGAAAGUAACCUGAAACGAGCGGUUCUAAACCCUAAAACUUGCUUGGAAGCACGCACUGCUGAUCCUUCCCUCGAAUCAGGAAUGUUUUUCAUUGAUCCUGACGGUCAAGGCAGAGGCGAUGAUCCCAUUUACGUUUACUGCAAUAUGACCACCGGAUCAACAUCCGUACUGCACGACAGUGAAGAUUCAAUCGCUGUUAGCCAUUGUUUCGAACCUGGAUGUUACACUCGAGAAAUUAAGUACAAUGCUACUCUUAGACAGAUGACGAUGCUCAGUGAACUUUCAAACGUUUGCCAGCAAUCCAUUCAAGUUGAUUGCUAUGAUGCAGCUUUUGAAUUCAACAGCGUACCUUAUGCUUGGUGGAACGACCGCAAUGGCGAUCCACGGUAUUUCUGGUCCGGGAUGAAUAACAAUUCAAGUGGCCGUUACCAUACUUGUCAGUGCGGACUGGAUGGUUCUUGUAAAGACAAAAGCCUUUCAUGCAACUGCGACAGCGACUUAGCCAUCGAAUUAUCAGACGUUGGAAUUCUAUCGGAGAAGGAUUUAUUACCCGUGACAAAGUUGAAUUUUGGGCGGACUAUCGCCCCCACUUCCAUGAACCGCCACACGCUAGGCCGACUCGAGUGUAACGGAAAAGUUGUACUUAAUGGAAUGCCCACGUCCUGCCAAGAUCUUUGGCGAAUUGGUUACACUCUAAGCGGCAUUUAUUCCAUCAAAGGAUCGUCUAACAAAGUUGAAACGGUUUACUGUGACUUUACCAAACUGCCUGGCGAUGAAGAAUUGCAGACGUGGAUCGGCUACACUGACGUUAAAUCGGAUCCUGUGCACUUCACCGUCGCAAGAAAGACAUCGUUUACCACCCUAAACACAGCUAUUUCCUUUGAUGAGGAAACACUGAACACUGGGAAUGCUUUGAACACUUCGACAGGAAUCUUCGCCGCUCCGCGCAACGGGACAUAUUUCUUUGCGUUUUCAAGUUUCGCUGAAAAUCAGUAUUCUACGUUGUCGUUUUAUCUUCAGUUAAAUGAUGCGACGAUUGCAACUUGUAUCACUUCGUACGGGUUGUUUUAUUGCAAUAUUCCAUUCACGCUAAAAUUGAGCACAGGAGACAGAGUUCAAGUGUCCCUUCAACAAGGAUCGACUAAUAACGCCAUAUUCACUGGCUGGCUACUUGCCGAAGACAUUUUCAAGUAAUACUUGAACAAGCUAAGCGGAAAACCCUUAAAUGCGCAUUAAUUUUCAGUGUACCCAAUUUUACGAACUGAUUUCUCCUUACGGAGGCAAUUCCUUAUCCGGGCUGAAAAGAUAUGAUACAAUACAACUUACGCAAAUUCA